AUGAGACGAAUGCUUAUUCCUCUUGACGAGCCGUUGGAUGGCUUUACUGAAACAUUCUUGCCAACCGCUCGCGAGGCAACUCAAGCCGAGCAGAUCCACUUUACACUGAUUCUACUCAACGGUCGACUUUAUGUUGUCUACAGUGUGUUCGGACAGGACGGAGUCUAUGAGAUAUCUGGGAGCGGUUCUUCGGGACGCCUCACUGACGGUCUAUGGCAUCGUGUGGUUCUCGGAGUGGACAGGCGUACAGGCCGAGUAAUCAUCUACCUUGACAGCCACGAACCUCUGGUAAGAUGA